UACAGUAGUUCAGGGAGGCUGCUUUGGUCGGAUGUUUUUCUCGUCCUGUGAGAGGAGCCCAGCGGGAUAUUAGUGAUUACAGCGGUCUGGAACCUUCCUCACUCAGGGUCAUGUUUAACAUUUGAAUGAUAGAGUUCAGCUAGAAAUACCUUUUUUUCUGCGCUAACAGCUAAGUGGAGAAGGAACUGUUCGCUAGCAGGAAAAUAUGGACUUGCACAUUCUGGACCACAGACUCCGGGUCACCAGCAUAUCCAAGAACGGGCUGAUCAGUUACACCCACCCUCUAAUAAAACUGAUAUUUCUCCGCAACAGGACACGUUGUAAGUUUUUCAGCCUGACAGAAACGCCUGAAAACUACACCGUUGUCCUUGAUGAAGAAGGAUUUAAAGAGCUGCCGCCCUCAGAGCACCUCCAGGUCGAGAGCUCCAUUUGGCUGUCCCUCAAUGUUGCAUCUAAUGGCAACGCCUCCAGCAGCUCACAGGCUGUCGGCGUGACCAAGAUUGCCAAGUCGGUCAUCGCCCCGCUAGCCCAGCAGCACGUCUCCGUCUUCAUGCUCUCCACAUAUCAGACUGACUUCAUCCUGGUAAGAGAGAAAGACCUGUCGGUUGUCAUCAGCACUCUAGAGGAGGAGUUCAACAUCUUCAGGGAGGUGGGAGGAGAGUACCUGCCUGUGGGAUGCCAGGACUUUACCAAUGACCUCCAAAAGAACGGCAAAGAAGCCAUCCAACCUACAGUUCACCCGGUGCUGAUCCCUCAGAACCAGUUCUGUGUCAUGUCUCUGGACCCGGAAACACUACCCUCCAUCGCAACCUUGCUCAUUGAUGUCCUCUUUUAUUCCAAUAGUCCCAAAGAGGACAGCGGCUCGUCAGCAGAUCAGGACUUGGACUGCAUUAAGUUCUUCUCAUUCUCGCUUAUUGAGGGAUAUAUCUCACUGGUGAUGGACACUGAGGCUCAGAGACGAUUUCCUGCUGAUCUUCUGUUCACCAGCUCCUCAGGAGAACUGUGGAGGAUGGUUCGUAUAGGUGGACAACCGCUGGGUUUUGAUGAAUGUGGCAUAGUCGCCCAGAUAUCUCAGCCCCUUGCAGAUGGGGACAUUUCUGCCUACUACAUCAGCACCUUCAGCUUUGACCAUGCGCUGGUCCCUGAGGAGGAUAUAGUGAGUGUGACAGACAUGCUGCACAACCAGAGGAAAGAACCAGCCACCACAUGAUAUUUGGGCCUCCUGGUUUCAGCUUCAUGAUCCCUCUUCUCGUUCAGGUUCCUUUGAACUGCAGCAUCAGUAGAGGAGGCUAACUGUGCCUAGAACACCGCUGCAUUGCCAGCAGUAUUAACGACUACAAGUUUGCCACUAGAAACCAGAAGCACUUCUCUAUAGUGUUCAUGCACAGCUGUAUGAGUUCUCUUGUCUUAGUUAAGCUAGAACAGCUAUGCAGACCCCGUCCCCAGAAUAGGGGCCCUUUAAGUACAAACUUAUGCACACAACAGAGCACAACUGCUCCUUUAGCCACUUGCAGAAAAAAACUGCACUUAUCAGACAUGAAACUGUAAAACAGACCCUUUGUUUUUCUAGGAUCCCAGGAGAUAUAUCUGGUAAAUGAUUUGAAAGCAAAUAGUUUUAAAGAAGGACUCCCUUAUGUAGCCUAAGUCCUAAAUACAAAGAACCUAAAAAUAUGGUCUUCCUUUCAUAUCGACAGAAUAAAUAAUAAGACUAAUGCUGUUUUUUGUGGUGUCAUUUUGAAAACUUACCAAUUAACUUAUUCCCCCACUUAUCAUGCAAUGUGUAUACAUCCGUGUUUACAUGUUUUUGUUUUGUAAGGAGGAAAUCAGCUCUGCUUUUUGAUCUGAAUGCAGAGAAGAAAAAUAAGCGAUAUCAAUCAUAGGUCUUUAGUUCUGUUUUUAUUUUUUUUUUUUAGUAUUGUUUUGCAAAUCUGUUCUAACUCUGUUACUACAAGCAACAGGAAAAUAAACUUCUUGUAAUCCUUAAGUUUACUCAUAUAGUGGAAACUGAGCAUCAGAAAGUCUUGCUUCAAAAAGUGAGCUUGCUCAGGAUGGCCAUGGGAUGAUGUGUCAUACCUUUUAAAACACAUCCUUUUUUGGCGGAAAAACUUGAAAUAAAAAAAAAAAAAACAUCCAGCAUUAGUUUCAUUAUUUAGCUCAUCUAAAUAUAUUGUGUUAAUACACGUUGUGCUUUAUUUUCAAAAGUAAAAGCAGAGAUCAUGCUAAUUGCUUAGUGACGAGCAAUAUGAGUCUUUCAAAAAAAGUGUUCUGCUCGUCAUUUGAUGAGAAUGUGGCCUAUGAAACUUUUUUUUAUAAGAGGUCAGCAUUUUUUCUUGUUUAAACGAGUCAAGGUCAAUAACACUAUGUCUUAGAUAUUUGCUACUUGCACAAUAAAACUUUGAUUUAGUGAAUUUCAAUCAGCAGUCUUCUUUGGUACAACUACGUUUUAUACAAUCUCAAGUAUUCUGUAACAUUUGUAAUGUUUGUGCUGCUUCCUAUGUUUAAUAAAAACAACCUAUUAA